UGUGAGCAUUUUCCAGUUAGCAAAGUACUAGUAUUGUAAUUUUGUAAAAUUAAAAAAUAAAUAAAAUAUACACAAACUCUUGCCUAUAUAAUGAUUGGCACACUAACACUACCUAGCUCACACAUCUUCAAAUUCAGUGAUAACAAAAUGGUUGAAGGUGUUGGUAGCUCUAUGGGGUUAUCAGAAAAGAAAAACCUCAUAAUCCAAGUCAUCACAGGACGGUGGUUUGUAGUGUUUGCUUCCUUUCUAAUCAUGUCAGCUUCUGGAGCCACCUACAUGUUCAGUAUUUACUCCGGCACCAUAAAAAGAGCCUUAGGCUAUGACCAAACAACUCUUAACCUCCUUAGUUUCUUCAAAGACUUAGGUGGUAACCUUGGUAUUUUCUCUGGUUUAAUCAAUGAAAUCACACCACCUUAUGUUGUUCUUGCAAUGGGUUCAGUUCUUAACUUUUUUGGUUAUUUCAUGAUUUGGUUAGCAGUGACCAAAAAAAUUUCAAAACCAAAAGUUUGGCAAAUGUGUCUUUAUAUUUGUAUAGGUGCUAAUUCUCAGUCUUUUUCAAAUACUGGUUCACUUGUUACUUGUGUUAAGAAUUUCCCCGAAACACGCGGCGUUGUUUUGGGGAUUUUGAAAGGUUUUGUUGGUCUUAGUGGUGCUAUUAUCACACAACUUUAUUAUGCUAUUUAUUUUGAUGAUCCAAAAGCUUUGAUUUUACUCAUUGCUUGGCUUCCUGCUGCAAUUUCCUUUCUUUUUCUUCGAACCGUUCGAUAUAUGAAACCAGUUAGACAGACCAAUGAACUUGAUGUUUUCUAUAAGUUUUUGUAUAUUUCACUUAGUCUAGCUGGUUUUUUAUUGGUUAUGAUUAUACUACAGAACAAAUUGUCUUUUAAACAAAGUGAGUAUAUUGGAAGUGCUUCUGUAGUGCUUAUUUUGUUGUUCCUACCUAUUGCUGUGGUUUUCGUCGAACAGAAAAAGAUUUACACGAGUCAAAAACUUGCAUUUGUCGAUCCAUUUUCGGUUAAAAUAGUAACCGAUCAAGGAGCAAAAAAUGGUGAUAAUAACAAUGCAAUGGUUAGUGUUGAAGAAAAAGAAACUAGAUGGUGGCAAAAUAUUUUUAGUCCACCAGAAAAAGGUGAAGAUUAUACAAUACUUCAAGCACUUUUCAGCAUAGACAUGAUAUUGCUAUUUUUUGCUGGUACCUGUGGUGUUGGUGGAACAUUAACAGCAAUUGAUAAUUUGGGUCAAAUUGGAAUAUCACUUGGAUAUCCAAAAAAAAGUAUAAGCACAUUUGUUUCAUUAGUGAGUAUUUGGAAUUACCUAGGAAGAGUUUUCUCAGGUUUUGUUUCAGAACAUGUUUUAACAAAGUACAAAUUUCCAAGACCACUUAUGUUAACAUUAACUCUGUUUUUAUCUUGUGUCGGUCACUUAUUAAUAGCCUUUGAUGUUCAAAAUGGUCUUUAUUUUGCUUCAGUAAUCAUUGGUUUUUGUUUUGGUGCACAAUGGCCAUUAGUUUUUGCCAUAAUUUCAGAGUUAUUUGGUUUGAAAUACUAUUCAACUUUGUACAACUUUGGUGGGGUAGCUAGUCCAAUUGGACUAUAUUUCCUUAAUGUUAGGGUCACUGGUCAUUUAUAUGACAAAGAAGCUAAGAGACAAUUGGUUGCAAGAGGAGUACCAAGAAAAUUGGGUGAGGAAUUGAAUUGUGUAGGAGCAAGUUGUUAUAAAUUGUCUUUCAUUAUUAUCACUGCAGCUACUUUGAUUGGUGCUUUUAUUUCACUUAUUUUGGUGGCUAGAACUAUUCAGUUUUAUAAAGGUGAUAUAUACAAGAGGUACCGAUCGGAACCGGUGGAAGUUGAAGGUGAUACGGCUGAGAUGAAGGUGGUCCAAAGUGGUGGUGAAAGAGGUCAAGAUGAAGCAAAAGCUGCAGAGAAGUAGUAAUUCGUUGAUGUAGCUAGGCUUGAUUAAUUAAUUAUGCUUGGUGUUGAUUUUUAUUAGUAUUUCUGGUUUGGGCAUGCAACAAUGUUAAAAGGAAGAGUUUACCAUCCAUUUUGAUUUCACAAGACUUGAAGAAUUAGUCUUUGCCAUUCCACACGCAGAUAAUAUCCGGUUUAUGGAAGAAAAAAAUGUAUAUGAUUGGUGUUGAUUUAUAAGUAAAUUCCACAACCACCAGGACAAAGACUAGGAGGAAAGAAAAAUAUAUUCAGUCCAUUUUUUUUUGUCUCUAGGCCCACUUUUUUUUUCCAUACACAUCUUUCAAUGAAUUCAUGUGAUAAAUAUAGGAAUCAAUUAUCAAUUAUAAAUAUCUAAUUUUGGCUGUGUA